GUUUUCCGGUAGCCCCGUUGUUGCUUGGAUUGCAAAGGAGCUGGCGCCAGUGUUUUCGCGUGCAGUGUAGCACGCGCUGAUGCCCGGAGCUGUGAGAGGACCAUGGGCGAGCAGGAAACCCCCGACAUGAUUGCAGUGACCUAUGAUGAUGUGCAUGUUGACUUCACUUGGGAAGAGUGGACAUUGCUGGAUCCUUCACAGAGGAAUCUCUACAAAGAUGUGAUGCUGGACAUCUACCAUAGCCUCAGUAUCAUAGGAUACAGUUGGGAAGACCAUAAUAUUGAAAAACAUUUCCAAAGCUCUAGAAGACAUAAAAGGCCUGAAAUAAAUCAUACCAAAGAGAAACAUUCUGUGUAUAAUCAGUAUUUCAAAGCUUUUGCAUAUGACAGACAUCUGCAACGGACUGAAAGCACACUUAUUGGAGAGAAACCCUAUGAAGAUAAUCAAUGUGUUAAAGCCUUUGCUUUUAACAAACAUCUUCAAAGGCAUGAAAGCACACAUACUGAAGAGAAAACCUGUGAAUUUAAUCAAUGUGGGAAAGCCUUUGCUCAUGACAGUGCUCUUCAAAUACAUAAAAGAGCACAUCUUGGGGAGAAACCCUAUCAAUGUAAUCAAUGUGGUAAAGCCUUUGCUUAUCACAGUGCUCUUCAAAUACAUAUAAGAACACAUACCGGAGAGAAACCCUAUAAAUGCAAUCAGUGUGGCAAAGCUUUUACACAAAAAUGUCAUCUUCAGAAACACGAAAGAACAUUUACCGGAGAGAAAACCUGUGAAUUUAAUCAAUGUGGGAAAUCCUUUGCUCAUGACAAUGCUCUUCAAAUACAUAAAAGAACGCAUCCUGGGGAGAAACCCUAUCAAUGUAAUCAAUGUGGAAAAUUCUUUGCUUAUCACAGUGCUCUUCAAGUACAUAUAAGAACACAUACUGGAGAGAAACCCUAUAAAUGCAUUCAGUGUGGCAAAGCUUUUACACAAAAAUGUCAUCUUCAGAACCAUGAAAGAACACAUACUGGAGAGAAACCAUAUGACUGUAAACAAUGUGGUAAAACUUUUACACGAAAUUGGCAUCUUCAAAAUCAUAAAAGAACACAUACUGGAGAGAAACCCUAUCAAUGCAAUCAGUGUGGCAAAGCUUUUAUACAAAAAUAUCAUUUUCAAAAGCAUAAAAGAGCACAUACUGGAGAGAAACCUUAUGAAUGUAAUCAAUGUGGUAAAUCCUAUGUUAAUCCCAAUGUUCUUCAAAUGCAUAAAAGAACACAUACUGGAGAGAAACCCUAUGAAUGUAAUCAAUGUGGUAAAGCCUUUGCUUAUCACAAUGCUCUUCAAAUGCAUAAAAGAACACAUACUGGAGAGAAACCAUAUGACUGUAAUCAAUGUGGUAAAGCUUUUGCACGAAAAUGGCAUCUUCAAAAUCAUAAAAGAACACAUACUGGAGAGAAACCCUAUCAAUGCAAUCAGUGUGGUAAGUCCUAUGCUUAUCACACUGCUCUUCAAAUUCAUAAAAGAACACAUACUGGAGAGAAACCAUAUGAAUGUAAUCAAUGUGGUAAGUGCUAUGCUUAUUACAAUGCUCUUCAAAUGCAUAAAAUAACAACACAUACUGGAGGGAAACUCUAUGAAUGUUAUCAGUGUGGUAAAAACUUGGCUCAUCAAAAUGCUCUUCAAAUGCAUAAAAGUACAUAUACUGGAGAGAAACCCUAUCCAUGUAAUCAAUGUGCUAAAGCCUUUACAUGUUGCAAGUAUCUUCAAAUACAUAAAAGAAUACAUACUGGAGAGAAACCCUAUGAAUGUAAUCAGUGUGGUAGAGCCUUUACAUAUCACAAGUAUCUUCAAAUACAUAAAAGAACACAUACUGGAGAGAAACCCUAUGAAUGCAACCAAUGUGGUAAAGCCUUUACACAACAAGGUAAUCUUCAAAUACAUAAAAGAACACAUACUGGAGAGAAGCCCUAUGUAUGUAAUCAUUGUGGUAAAGCCUUUGCUUAUUACAGUGCUUUUCAAAUGCAUAGAAGAACACAUACUGCAGAGAAACCCUAUCAAUGUAAUCAAUGUGAUAAAGCCUUUGUACAACACAGUAAUCUUCAUACACAGAGAAGAUAUACUGAAGAGAUACCAUAUUAAUAUAGUCCAGUGGUGAAGCCUUUGCAUGGCACAGUUAACUUCAAAUGCUUACAAGAACAUACUGUACUGAAACCCUAUGACUAUAAUCAAUGUGGUCAGGCAUUUCCUCCCACAGUGGUCUUCAAGUGCAUGAAAGAGCACAUACUGGAGAGCCAUUGCAUUGAUGAGUAAUCUUCAAAAUCAUCAGAAAAAAAGUUGUACCUCAGGGGAACCCUAAAAAUAU